GCUUUCCCUCUUUAGUACUGUGCAUUUGUAAAUCAUACAAUUUGAAUUAAAAAAUCCAGCUAUUAUGGAAGGUCCCCAAAUUGAACUAUCCGAUAUACAGCGAUUUUAUAAAGACAGUACCGUAUUCUUGACCGGUGCUACUGGAUUUAUAGGGAAAUUGUUUUUGGAAAAAGUACUGAGGGCGUUGCCGGUGAAAAAAGUUUACAUUUUGGUUAGGACUAAGAAGGAUGUACCAGCUGCUAAGAGAUUUCAGGAUAUUUUUGAGUCACCGGUUUUCGAUUUGCUAAAACGCACCAACCCCACUGCUUUAGACAAAGUGGAAAUUCUUGAAGGUGACUGCUCUCUGCCAAUGGUUGGAUUGUCGGAACAAGACAUAGAGACGUUUGUUCAAAAUGUAAAUGUAAUUUUCCAUUGUGCAGCCACUGUUCGGUUUGACGAAAAAAUUAAACAUGCUACAAGAACCAAUGUCAGGUCUACCAAAGAUUUGGUUGAUUUGGCCAAGAAAAUACCAAAAUUAAGGACAUUCGUAUACGUGGGAACAGCUUAUUCAAAUUCAAACCGUCUCGAAAUCAGAGAAGAAAUUUACCCUGCCAAAAUUACUGCCGAAAAAUUAAUUACAGUAUGUGAAAGUUUGGACGAUGAAUGUUUGAAUGCAGUAACAGAUAAACUUAUUGGUGAUUGGCCCAACACUUACACAUUCACCAAACAAGUUUCAGAAGAUUACAUCAAUAGAGUAGGUCGAGAUAUUCCCAUCUGCAUUGAAAGACCAGCUGUUGUGAUAUCAACAGCAGAAGAACCAAUGAGCGCCUUUGUUGAUAAUGUUUACACGUUAGCAGGCUUCGUUAUGUCCAAUGUCGUAGGCAUUAGCCGCAUCACUUAUUAUAAAAAUACUAAUCUGGAUAUGGUACCAGCUGAUUAUGUUGUCAAUCAUUGUAUUGCUGCUGGAUGGCUGACUGGAGACUCAUUCAAAAAGCAAAGAUCAGAAAUUCCCGUGUAUCAGAUAAGUAACGCUAUAGAUAACCCGAUUUCUCAAGAUGAUAUUUACGAUAUAGUCGAUUACGAGUGCCAUAAAAUCCCAACUCCAAAACUGGUGGUGCUACCACUCUAUUUUAGGACCACUUGCAGAUACAACUAUUUAUUUUUUAGAUUCUUUUUCCAUACUCUCAUCGCUCACAUGGUGGAUUUCGUAUUGAAAGUGAAAGGGAAAAAGCCGAUGUUAGUCAAAGGUAUGAAAAAAUUGCACGCAUUCCAAGAAGCCAACGAACCGUUCAGCCUCCAGGACUUUUUCAUCCACGUGGAAAACACGAAUAAACUACUCAAAAAAAUGUCAUUCAAAGACAGAGAGCUGUUCAAUUUUGACGUCGCGAGAAUCAACUGGGAGGAUUAUUUCGCUCAGUACGUUAGAGGAUUGAGAUUCUACUUGCUUAAAGAUACCAUGGACACUGUUGCGGAAGGAUUCAAGAAGUACAGAGUUUUGAAAAUCACCGCUACGGUUUAUUUGAUUAUAGCUGCUAUUGUUAUUUACGGUUUGGGAAAAGUGUUUUUGUUUAGGGCGGUGCCAUUGGUUUGGGGCGUUGUGGCUCACUUUUUGAGGAAUUUAGUUUGUUAAUUUUGUACCUAAGUAAUGUAUUUAUUUUUAGAAAGUAGAAAAAUAUACAUGUUUGUUUUGUUUGGAAUA